CGUCAGCUGAUAACAGGAGAACAGAACAGAACACUUCACCUCUUCCAGCGACCAAAGCUCAGCUCUGUCUUCUGGCUUCAGCACAGGAUGUCUGCCUACCCCAAAUCCCACAAUCCUUUCGCUGAUGAUGAUGAAGAAGAGGACUCGCGCGCGGCUCCAAGGAGAGGCUUUAACUUCGAUGAUGAUCCGGAGGAGAGUUCGCUGAGUCCGGCAGAGAGACGGCAAAGGCAGCUGCAGCAGGAAGUGAUGCGUACAGCUCAGUCCGCCGUGGACAGCAGCCACCGCUCGCUCGGACUUAUCUACGAAUCAGAGAAAGUCGGUGCUGAAACCGCAGAGGAACUGAUCCGUCAGGGAGAGGCUCUGAAGAGGACAGAGAGAAUGAUCGACAACAUGGAGCAGGACAUGAGGACGAGCCAGAGGCACAUAAACACCAUUAAGAGUGUGUGGGGGGGGAUGGUCAACUAUUUCAAAGGCAAACCUGAACCACCCAAACCAGCACAGAAGGACCAGCCGGUGUGUUACGAGGCCAGCAGCAGGCUACAGACGGCGCUUGCGGAGAGCAAACAGCAAGAAGACAAAUAUCAGGCCAGUCAUCCAAACCUCAGGAAACUGGAAACAUCUGGAUUCGGAGCUUCUGCUGCUCUUGAUAACGGCUCGUCUGAUCAGAACGGAUUUCCCAAAAACAAACAGCUGCGAGCCGCUCACCAGCAGCUGGACAGAAACCUGGAUGAGAUGUCUCUGGGUCUGGGCCGGCUGAAGAAUCUGGGUCUGGGCCUGCAGACGGAGAUCGAUGAGCAGGACAUUUCUCUGGACGCUCUGCUUAAUAAAGCCGACACCAUGGACGGGAAGAUCAGCUCCACCAACCGGCAGCUCAAAAGCCUUAAAUAGACUCAGAGGGUGAUGUCACUUCCUGGAGGCGUGGCCAAGGUGAUCAUAAUUGAAAACAUGUGCGCUCGUAAAACAUUUCUCAAGUUCUCUCCAAGAUAAGGAGGAGUGUGUUGGACAGAGAAAGUUAAAACAAAAUAAGAGACUUAAGGAAGAACACAUGAUGGUGUGAGAAAAAAAACAUUAUAGUAACAAUGAUGAUAAA